AGUAAAGUUUUUAAUGUACAUUUAUUGAUUUCACAGUGAUAUCAGGAACAUUUGGAAAGAUAUAUUGAGGCCAAUGCAUUGGCUUCCUUAAGAAUCAGUUCAUUACAUCUUUGUAGCUGAUUUAUCUCUUAAUCUAUAGCCUUUCCAAUGACUAUUUUAUUUUUAUCUUCCAUAUCCUAUCAUUCUCUUUUGGUGCCUGAAAGUGACAGCUGAUAUGAAUACUACAUGCUGUAACAGUGAUCCAUGUGGCAAGCUCACAUCAAACAGAAUGUUUGUGACAUCUGCCUCACUUAUGUGGCACAGGAGGCCACAUACAGAGAGCAAGCAGAAGGAGGAAGAAUAAUAAUAGAAGUUGAAGAUAGAGUGGCAAAAGUCAGAAAUAUAAAGGUGGACAACAGAUAUGAGGGACCUUGGGAGCCGAGAGAGAAAGUUGUGGCAUUUGGCUUUGAUUACUGUUAUUGGUCAGUUGAUCCUGAGGAUUCUAAAUAUUCAUCUCAGGAAGUGGUUUUCCAGGACCUUGGUACUUCAGUAUUAUCUGGUGCUUUUAAAGGGUACAAUAUUUGCCUUUUUGCAUAUGGACAAACAGGUUCAGGAAAAACAUACACCAUGAUGGGAACUCCCGCAUCCAUUGGAUUAACACCACGUAUAUGUGAGGGUCUGUUUUCAAGAGAAGAUGACUGUUCAAAGCAGUCAGCCUCAUGCAGAGUGGAAGUCAGUUUCCUAGAAAUCUAUAAUGAGCGGGUUCGAGAUUUGUUAAGACAGUCAGACCACAAGAAACCAUAUACACUUCGUGUCCGUGAACACCCUGAGAUGGGACCAUAUGUACAAGGUCUUUCUCAACAUGUGGUUACUGACUACAAACAAGUAGUUGGUCUUCUGGAAGAAGGAAUAGCAAACAGAAUUACAGCAGCUACGCAUGUUCAUGAUGCCAGCAGCAGAUCUCAUGCUAUCUUCACCAUUCAGUAUACUCAAGCUAUACUAGAGAACAAUCUGCCAUCUGAAAUUGCAAGUAAGAUCAAUUUAGUGGACCUUGCAGGCAGUGAAAGAGCUGAUCCUAGUUACUGCAAAGAUCGGAUUACAGAAGGUGCCAACAUUAACAAAUCACUGGUUACUCUUGGAAUUGUCAUCUCAACUUUAGCACAAAAUUCUCAGAUGUUCAACAGCUGCCAGAGCAUAAACAGCAUAGCUAGUGAAGGGGACAGCAACCAUACAGACAAUCACUGUGGAGCCAGUAUCAGCAGCCAGAAGCGACAAGCUUACAUUCCAUACCGUGACUCCAUUCUCACCUGGCUUCUGAAGGACAGUCUGGGCGGCAAUUCCAAGACCAUUAUGAUUGCAACUGUCUCUCCUGCAAGCUCUUGUUAUAAUGAAACUAUGAGUACAUUGCGAUAUGCCUCAAAUGCUCAAAACAUUAUUAACAAACCCCGGGUAAACGAGGAUGCAAAUGUGAAGCUGAUCAGAGAACUACGAGAAGAAAUAGAUAGAUUGAAGGCUAUGUUGAUGAGUUUUGAGCUGAGGAAUUCUAGUCCUUCAUGGAGUGAUGAAAAAGAAGGAAAUCUAACAGAAUUAGUUCUUCAAAAUGAAAUUAAGAUUGACCGGCUGACCAAAGACUGGACAGAUAAGUGGAUUAACAGGAAAGCUAUCAUGGAAGAAUAUAGUGUGGAUAUCAACAGAAAAAAAGCUGGAGUGAUGAUAGACUCAAGUUUACCUCAUUUAAUGGCUGUUGAUGAUGAUAUCCUUAGUACCGGAGUUGUUCUUUAUCAUCUCAGGGAAGGAAUCACCAAAAUUGGAAGAAGUGAUUCAAAUCAGGAACAGGAUAUUGUUUUGCAGGGUCAGUGGAUUGAACGGGACCAUUGUGUUGUAGAUAACCAGCAUGGGAUUGUGACUCUGCAGCCACUUCAGGGAGCACACUGUGUUGUGAACGGUCAAGAAGUCACAGAUUCUGUUCGUUUGUCACAAGGAGCUCUUAUUAUUCUGGGCAAAGCUCACAAAUUUAGAUUCAACCACCCUGCUGAGGCUGCCAUUUUAAGACAAAGACGAUCAAUCAGUGAGUCCUCUUCCGUGAUGAUCAGCAGAUCUCUUGAAUGGCUAGAUUUGGAUGGAGACUUCCCCUCCCUUUCCUAUAGUUUUUAUCCAGCUGAAACAGAAAGAUUUUUUAGCAAUGAACAGAGAGAUGCUCUGCAUGAAGAAUGCCAAACAAAGCUGAAAAACCAGGAAGUUCUCCAAAGCAGGGAAAUUCAACAGCAGCAACUUUAUGUUGAAGAAUUACAACAACAGAUCUUGGAUGGGCAGAUCAAAGCUGAGCAAGAACUAGAACAUGACCAGGCAGUAAUCAAUGAGCAGAUCAAAGAAAACCAGCAGUGGCUCAUUGAUGAAAAGAAACGUCUGGCUGUUCAGCAACAGCAGCAGGAAUCUGCAGUGCAGACAGAUGUCAAAUCAUAUGCAGAAGCUGGAAUUCAGAAUGUAUUAGAAUUGGAAAUUGGCCCCUCCCUAACAGAGCAGAACAAGAAGAAAUUGGUACAGCUAGAGCUUUUACGCAAAUUCUCUUUGAAGAAAGCAGAAAGACAUUUAAGUCGAAAAAAGGUUAAACUGCAUUUGGAGAGGAUUGUGAAGAAGCAGAAAUUGCUAGAAGCCAAGAAAAACCUGAAAUGGCUAGAAGCUACUUGUUGGAUCACUGAAGAUACUGUGAAGCAUUCCCAGUCUCAGAACAAAGAUGCAGUAGUAACUUCUUGGGACUGUAAAUAUUCACAGUUAAAAUCAGAUUCACACCCCUUGCAAUGCAGAAAAAACCUGUCCCAUCAGAGCUUUUUCCUGGAGAAGGAUCCCUGUCAAUUAUCUACCUCAGCACACAGCUAUGGAUGCUCUAAAGUCAAUCCACCAAGACAAUCACUGUCUAUAGAAUAUCUUCCCAGAACAAUUCAUGAAUUUGUGAGAAGAGAUAACAUUCAUGAUGAGAAAGAUGUUUAUUUCCCAACUCAGAGUCAUUUAAUAAAAAAUCAGAAGUCGCUGUAUUUGGGAAAUAAAAGAAUAGUGGGGAAUAAUAGUAGUGAUACUGAUGUCAUUUCUCACACCUGUAAAGACAGUCAAAAAAUGGAGAAAUUGGAUAACAAACCAUGGCAAACUAGAUCUAAAGCUCAGAGCUCUAAGAAUUGUUCUCCUGACCAUUUUAAGAAGAAGUGUGCACCUGAAACUGCAAAGCGGGUAGUUAAAGCAAAACCACUAGGAGAUUCAAAUCAGUCCACAGGGAAGCAUUUAGAAAAAAAUGAUGCUCAGGCAGCUAAUAGAAAGGUUAGAACAGAUAAAAGAAAAAAGUGCCAAAGUUCAGUUCCAGGAUAUCCUUCCAAAGAACUGAAAAAAUCAGGAGUCUCUGAUAAACCAGCCGUACAACAGCUAAACAAAUCAGCAAAGAAUGGGAAAAGAGAUUCGAAAGGGAAGCCAUCAGUGGAGCAACAUGAACUCCUGAGGAUUACAACUUCAGCAAGAAGCCUUAACAAUUUAAACACCCACACGUUGCUCUGCCAUGGUGAAAAAAGAUGGCACAGUGCUGAGACACUGAAUUUUGGAAUCUCAAAAGCAGCCCCUGAUCCACUAGGGAGCUGGCAAGAAGCUGAAGACAUUGAGUUUUCUGAUACAGAUAGUUCUUAUUCUGUUGAUUCUCUUUCCUGUGCUAAUGCAAAUGUCCUGACAGAGCAACUGAAUCAUGAGGAGUCAGCUGAAACAGACAUGGUUGACCUGGAAUGUUCUGAAAGUGAUGACAGCCAGAUGUCCCAAGAUUCUCUCACAGAAAAAGAAAAUAAAACUAAAUGCAAAGAAAUAAAGCUUUUUUCUGAGGUCCAUCAAAAAUCUGCUACAUAUUGCAAAGACCAUAAGUAUCAGCCUAUCUCCUUGAUAGCAAACUCAUCAGGCAAUAAUCUGACUCUGAAUGAAAGAAGCUUUUCUCUUGAUAGUUUAGGUGAUGUUGAUGAAGUGUCAGGAGAAGAUCUUGCAGGGGAAUCCAAACUAGGGUCAUUUGAUGAAGUGCCUGUAGAGGUGUUUUGGAAGCUACAAAACCUAAAGUCAGAAUCUAUAAAGAACAACUGGCAGCAUAAUCCAGACAUCUGUAAUGAAGCUGUAAGACAAUCUGAUGACUUAAAUCUGAACACUAGUUCUUUUUAUUUGGAUGCCAAUAUAGAGUCUAGUUCUAGUAACAGUCACAAUCAAGCAGUAAAGGAGUUAGAACUAAGAUUUUCAGGUCAAGAAUGCUCUUUAGAUCAAAGAUCACACAUUGCAGGUGAAAAUCUUCCUAUUUUGACAGAUUCUUGGUUGUCCUAUGAUGUGAAAAAUGGGAAGAGCAGCCCCAUCAUAGCAAUGCCUUCUUCCCAAGACCACACAGAAUUUCAGGUUGCCCAGUUACACCCUGUUAACAAGUCAAAUUGCUGGUUGAAGAAAGAUGACUUGAGGCAGUCAGCUGCUGAACUAUCAUUUGUUUCUUGUUACAGAACCCCUCACCGCAUUUCUCAUGAGCCAAACAACAUUGAAAUGCUACUUUCAUCUGCAGCACCAUCAGUACCUUUACCAGAAACAAGGAAGUAUUGUGAAAGUGAAACUUCAGGAGCCACAUCUUUGUAUCCUCUUUCUACAUUUCCUCCAAAACAUAGUUACUGUGAGGUUGCCUCUCCACCUAAUACUAACUGCCCACAAGCUGUUAACAUAUCUGAGGAUGUGUCCAGUGAUGAAUGGAGGCAGACAACUACCCCUUUGAAAGAAGCUUCCCCAUCUCAAGUGUCAGAGAAACAAGGCCUUUCUACUUCUUCAAUUUAUCCUGAGAUUUCGAAGGAUCAAACUUUUAAAAAUAGUGCACUAAGUUCUGUACCAAGUACUCAUACUUUACAGAAAACAGAAACUUAUCUAAAUACUAAUUUUGAAGAAAGUCUCUUCAGAAAUACUGAAAAAGAAAACACUGAUUAUGAUUCUGAUGGCAGCACAAGCAACCCAGAAGUAGAUAAGUCCAUCUGUACAUUACCCAGUGAAUCUCCUGACUCAGUUACAAUACACUCAACAGAAGAAAAGUACCAAGGUCAUGAACAUUUAUUUUCAAAAGAGGGAACAAUUUCAUUUCGCGAUGAAAGUUCCUUUGGUUGUGGCAUAUUAAGCAAAUGUACAAAUUCAUUUACUAAUAUCAGGGAAGAAGAAUAUUCUGCUGAUGGCGUGUAUUAUGACAAAAGUAAUUUUGAUCUGGUGGAGAAGACAAGAUACCAACAAGUUUCUGCUGAAGAAAAUAAAUUAUCUCAAGAUAAGACAAUGACUGUUCACCACACUGAUCAGCUUGCUCUAUCAGAACAGACCCCUGAAAUUGAGGGGGUCAGUAUGCAAGAAAGCAGGGCUAUUUUAAUAGAAUCUGCUUUAGAGGUUCCUUCAGAAGUGGAAGAAGGUGAAGGCCAAUAUGGAGAAUGGAGUUCAGAAAAUAAUUUUAAAUUUAAAACUGAAGCAUUAAUGAAAGGUUUUCAUUCAGGUUUAAAUCUGGACUAUUCUGGAAAUACUUUGAGCCGAAAUACUUUAACUUGUGAUGCUGACAGCAUGGUGGGGAAGAACAGUGAAGGGGGAAACUAUAACAUAGUUUCUUUUUCCAGACAUGAAACACCUUCAGCCUCUUGCAUGGAUUUCAUAACUGACAAAUCAAUGUAUUCUAAUUUGGACUUAAAUGAGAAAAAAACUGAACUUCCAGUUGAUUGCUCUUGUAGCAUUGGUGAUCAGUUAACUCAACAAUCCAAUUCAACUGUGUGUGAUCAAAACGCACCUAGAAUGGAAAAAUAUUCUGGAAAAUGUCAGAAUUCUGUCGUAAUUGAGGAUGUUUGUAAGACCAAAUCAAGUUGCAUGGAAAAUGAUUUAAAUAAUUCUGGUUCUGUCCACACCACUGAUCAGAAACAUAACCUGCCUAAGGAUCUCAAUAAUUCUGCUAUAUUUGAUUCCACUGUUCAUUCUGAUAAAACCAAAUCUCAGCACAUGCCUGCAUCAAGAGAGCAGAAAGAAGCUCCAAGUUUGCAAAUGUUCUUUAAUGGAAAUGAUUGCUCAGUAAAAGAGUUGCAUUCUGAUCAAGACAGAAGGGAAUCCGGAAAAGAGUUGGGAAAUUCUGGAAUUGGAUUAGCCACAACAUCCCAAGAACCGAGUCUGUAUGUGAAAAAAGCAUCUGACUAUCUAAAAGAGAGAGUGGUUACUGGACCCCUAACCUCUUCUGAGGACAAUAAGAAUGACUGUAAUAAUAAAACAAUAAAUUCUGAAGAACCCGUUAAAUUAAUAAAUAGUGUUGAUAAGUUGGAAAGUGACAUUUUAGAAAUCAAAUAUAGUCAAAAGGUAAAUUUUCAGAAUUACCUUAGAGUGGAAACUCAAAAUGAAACUAGCGAAAGCAAGACAGACUCUGAAAACUAUAGUUUGCUUCAAAAACCUAGCAAUGAUCAUGAGAAAUGUUACAAGAAACUGUCUACAGCAGUAAUACAAAAACAAAUAGAUAAAGAGAAGACUCCAUUGAUUGAUGUUAAGAUAAAAGGACUAUGUGCAUCAAAACCAAUAAUGGGGGCUGAUAGCAAUAAUCAGGCAUUCACUGUCAAUCACAAUAAAACCCAUGAAAAUGUGAAAGAAAAUGAUUGUCCCACAGACAUAGAAGCAAGAUCUGAAAGUAUUGGACAAGAUGAGUAUCCUAGCCCAACAACUUCAAUGCAAUUUACAGUUGAUUCUGUUGAUACAUGUGAGGAACCUGGUCAAGUUGACAGAACUAUAGAAAAUGUCUUCAACUCUGUAUCCACAGUGAAUGCAGUAACUGCUGGAUGUAGGCAAGAGGACCUUUUAGACUACAGUGGCAAAGAUGAUAAAAAUUCUGCUAGUACUGAAAUCUUAAUGAAUCCUAAGCUUGUUCAAGAAAAUAAAGCUGUGGGGGACAUACUUUGUUCUCCAAGGAUGGGCAAUGAACAAAGUGAUGUAGCAGAAAAUGAAGUAUUAUUGAAUUGUCGGUUAACUGGGCUAUGCAAUGAUGAAAAUGUUAUAUUGCUACAAGAGAAUGUAACUCAUGGUUUAAUGAAUUGUGACAGCAACAGUAAUAGCACAGACCUUGAUGAUGCUGAAAUACCAGAAGUGUAUUUCACAGCUUCUAAAUUGGGAUAUCAAGAGGAUGUGCCUCUGUUACCAGAAACUUGUUUUGAUACCAGUCAAACGCAUGAAGAAAAAAGUUUGACAACUCUUUGGAGUGACAUGGAUAUCAUAAAUGAAACUCUAGAAGACAAUAAUAAUGAUGGUAAUUUAUGUGAAGGUAGAGCUGUAACCGGACAGUGUGGAAUUAAUAAAUUCAAACAACUUGACAAUGUUGAAAAUAUUAGCUCAACCAAAUAUCCUUCUCUAAAUUACUCUCAUAAAAGUAGUUCAGAACACUGUAAUGCAAAUUUUGUUGGAAGCAGACUUGAUGUUUAUAAAUGUAUGCCAGUUCAUUGCAUACUUAAGGAAAAGGAGACAGUAUGUUUGAGCACCUCAGUCCAAUUGGAUAGAACAGAUUUGAUAGCCCAGCACAUCAAUACAGAAAGCAUGAAUCCUUUUAAAACAGAAAAUGAAAAGGAAAAUUUAGAAGAAAACAAUAAAAGUCUAGAACUUGAUGGUUUACAAAAUGAAGCUGACAUUCUACCAGAGAAUGCACAUAGUUAUUGGUAUUCAAACAGCGACACUUCAUUAAAUGAAGUAUCAAAAGAAAAAGAAUGGCUACCUCACAUUUUCUCAAGGAUCAGUGCAGCCAUUGUUGAUGAUUCAAUAUCUGAUAGACAAACUGAACCACCAGAAAGUACAAAUCAAGACUGUGAAUUAAACUCCAUGGCUGUUAAAAGCUUUCCUCUUCAGAAUAUAUCUAGUCCACUGUCAGCUGGAAUAAAUACAAAUGGAGAAAAUAUGAAGGGUGAUCCUGCUACAGCAUGCAAUUCUGUGGUGUCAUUAAAUCGUAGUACUGAAAAUGAAGUAUUUCUCCAGUACUAUGAAACACAAAUGGAUAGUGACAUGCAGGUUGGAAUAGUGUGUACCAUUAACAAAGGAGAAGUAAAUGAUUCUCUUUCUGGUGUUAUGAAGAAUAAAUAUAUCAUAUUUCCACCUGAUCAGCUGCAGAAAGAUGGCGAGAUGAAGAAAGACUUAAUAUGUAAUAAAAUGUCUAAUUAUACCACAUCUAAGCAAAGCCUUAGUACAGAGAACAUAUGUUCAAACUCAGAUUUUGCAGAAUGCCACGAAUCACUAGCUUUUUCUCUAGCUGAUGACAUGCAAAAUAGAGGAAUUCCUCUUAAAAGUUGUGAUAUAGGAAGUCCUCAUGGAGAAUAUAGCACAAAAGAGAACAAAGAACAGUAUUUAAAUUCAUUAAACAUACCUCAAAAAGAAUGUGCUGCAUCAGCUUUAUUAGCUUUAGGAACAAAAAAUACACUUCCUUCCCCAACAGUCAAAGAAAAUAUGGACAAAAUAACACCACUGUUACCAGCACUUUCUUCUCAAGAGUCUUUAAACAGCAUUAUCAGUCCUAAAGAGUUGAAUUCAUUAAUGCAGCAUGAUCAGGCAAAUAAAUGCCUAGGUAGCAAUUGCAUCAAAGCAGAAUACAAAACAAACAAUGAAAAAUUUACUGAAGAAUUGGAAUGCCAAAUAGAAACCACUGACAUUCUCCUAUGCAGAGCAUCUCAUGAUCCCUUUGUGGAGCACUCAGAUGACAUUGUGCCAACAUGUGAGGAUGGAGUUAAUUUUUCAGAGCAUUCUAAUCAAGCCUUUUGGGAAAAUAUCCGUUAUGAUGAAGAUAGGUCUGCCGGAUACAGUAAUUCUUGCAUUUCUGAAUACUCAUCUAGUCACCUGAAUCGUACAACCAUGCUUCCAAAUGUUUUGUUAGAAUGCCCUAGAGGCAAGCACAAAGCUGGUGUUCUUUGUUUUGGGGAAAGCAAAUAUUUGGACUCAGAGGUUUGUGGUGUUCCUUUGUCUUUUGCUUGUGAUUAUGCUCAGCAUCAACAAGAUGACAAAAUCAGUGAUCAUGCUGAUAGCACAAAAAAUACUCAAGAAGUGGUGGAAAUUUAUCAAAAUGGAAGAGAAGUUCAAGAUUAUAUCCCUGAAUGUCAGUGUAACCAAGGAAAUAAUGCAAAUAAUGUGCCUUUGCAUUCUGACAACUGUGUGGACCUGACAGAAAUAAGAAUGAAGCCAAGAAGUUCAUUUACUCAUCAAAGUUUAAAACAAAUAAGCAGUGAUGAAGUAAUACCUGCUCCAUUAUGCUCUGUGGAAAAUAUUUCUACUUCUAUUGUAUUUAAAAAUGCUGGCACUCUUGAACCCUCAAGAUCACCAGAAUCUUCUAUAUGUCGACCAUAUACUGACUCACUGCAAGAUGCUUUUUUGUCUCCCUGUUUGUCAACUUCGUUUCAAGUACAAGAAAGUCCAUCGUUUUGUCAUCAAGCUUUCCCAGAUAGAUCUUUUGGAGAUAUUCCUUGCUCAUCUUCAACCUCUGUUAGCUUCAACAUGAGUGAAAUGGAGAGACACACUGAAUUAUAUGUUGCUGUAUCAGGCUGUUCAACACUUGCCACCAGUCAGAUACAGGAAAGUCAGUGUGACAAAUAUUCUGAGAUAUUUGACCAGCUGAAUGCUUUGGAAAUUACUUCUUUUUCGAAAGAAAAUCGAUGCCUCUCACUAUCUGAUACUAAAGCUAAUUCUCAAAAAAGCACUAGCUUAGAAUGUCAUGGAAUGCACAAAUUUGAAUCUGAUGAGUUCUACAAUAAAGCAGAAGUUUGCCAAGAACUUAGAGAUAACACUACACUGCAGACAGGCUGUUUAGAAGAUACUGGCAAAACUUUGCAUCAUACUUUAAAUUCAAGUCUUGAUUCGCAAGGAGAUGCCAUUGCACCACAUUUAAAUAAGGAGGUUAAUACAGUGAGUAUUACUAACAAAAAUACGGAUAAUCCUAUAAUUUCAUGUAAAGUGAUGAAGAAUGAGAAGGACUUGAUAUCAGAACAGCCAAAUCUUUCAGUGAUAAAUGACAGUGUAUCUUCCCAGUAUUUUGCAAGAAACAAUUGUUUGACUUUGCAAGAAGAACCUGCACCAGAAAUACCUUUGAAAGAAAAUAAAGUUCUUACCUCACGGAAUGCAAACAAAGAUAAAGAAGAUGGACAACGACCAGCUUUACAAAAUCAUAGUUUAUCAGCUCCAGCAAUUGGUGCAUUAUCUAAUUUUGCAUGUGCUUCGGACACUUCUAGGACAGACUUUCCUGUGCAUCUUGCCUCUAAAUCAUUACAGGAGUUAAAUAUGAGUGUUGAGCCUCCAUCACCAACUGAAGAUGACCUGCACAGAACUGAAAACUUGUCAAAGAGAGACAAUGUUGUCCCAAUUAAAUAUAAACCAAGAUUUCAAAAGAAAUCCAGUCCAGUACAGAAAUUUAGUCACUGUGAUAAAAUAAACCGUAGAGAGCAAGCUCAGGGCAGUCACUCUUUAGAUCCUUCUCCUGUUCGUUAUCCAGUAGCUAUUGGCCACGUUAAUGACAAUCCUGUGAAUGCAGAAAUAGGGACGUGCUCAGAUUAUGUUACAUCAGUAUGUAGAUACAACACUGGUAAAACUGAAGAACUGGGAUAUCAAGUAGAGACAGCAGAUGGAUUAGUUCAAGACAACGAAGAUGCAAUGCACUUUUGUUCAAGUGACACCAACCCUUAUAUUCAUCCAUGGCAGCAAGUUGACCACUGCAAGAUUGGUUGGAAACAGUAUGUUUUUGGAAGUGCAAGUGAUGUUUCAAGUAAUCCACCUCCACUGAAUUUGGAUAAUCAGACUGUUAUGAGGUGUUCCAGUGUAGAUAAUGGUUUGAACUCAAAUAACUCCCCAUUCCAUUCUCACCUAAGCUCUUACGCUAAUGCAAGGAUGUUGUCUAGCACCAUAAGUAGUACAGAAGAUCUUCAAGGUUGGGAUGUUGCAAGAGCAGGCUUUGAAUCUACACGUUCAGAUGAAAGUGGCAAGCAUCAUACUAGUGUUUCUCAGGAUGAACUUGAAACACCAGCAGAAAAAUGUGUUUCUGGUUGUGAAGAUAUUCUUCCAAAUGUGAGAUGCUCUCAGCAGUCUGGAAAUACUUCAAUGCAAGUUGAUGAAAUUGUUCUACUCUACCCUUCUGAAUCAGAUUUGACCCCCAAUACACCCCAGAGGGUAUUUACUUGUGAACAAGAAACACAGACGGAGACUCCAGCAAGACAUAAAAGACAGAAGAGACAUCGUAGAAGCUAUACAGAUACGCCUGCAAGAAAACCUGAACCAGACAAUUUAGUCCAGCAACCUUCCUCUUGGUCAAGUGUGCAGAAUCUUUCUGUACACCUUUCACAGCUGCUUCAGAACACUUCUGAGCUUCUAGGUAAUUUGUCCUUGUCAACUGUUAAAGAUAAUGAACAAAGUGACCACAAAGCAAUUGAGGAACACAUCAGAACCACCAUGUCUGACAGCUGUACCCAAACAACAAAAGACAUAGGCAUUCAGACUGAUAUUUUAGGACACCCUCAGAGUGAGAUCAAGGAAAGCAAUUUCAGCACUAAUAUGGAAAGUGAAUCAAUGAAGUCUCAGGAGGUAAAUGUUAUUGUGAAGCUAGUGCACUCAGAUACUGUAGCUCUGACUAAGGAGAGAGAGUCAGAAAGCAAGGAACAGAUAUGUCAGAGUGUGCUCAGCAGAAGUUAUGAUGCUCAUGCUCAAGGAGAUUCCUAUGUGCCUCAGCCUGCCAAUUCUUCAUUGGAAGUGCCAGAAAUACCAUUAAAUGUUCUACCUGGUCUUGCCUCUGGUACUCCCAAAGUUUCUGUUACAACAUCUGCAUUUGGGUCUGGACAUAAGUCUUCAACCACUGUGGUUAAUAGCCCUGCCUUAUCCCAAGUUAAGGAUCCUGUUGAAACAAGGGGACUAUGCUGUAAAAAUAGCUUGCUAGUUGACCGAGCCUCUUCUCCAAUUUUGACACUUAGUGCCAGUCCAGCCAGCCAGAAAUCUGCAUCAGAUAAGUCUACUUGUUCUUUCAAAGGAUCUUCUGGGCAACAGAAAGAUAAUGCAAAUUCAGCAACCAGCUUCAUAAAGGGGGGAUCAGGUUUACAGUAUGAAUUGGGCUCUUGGGACCCACGUGUAGAAACUUCUUCACAAACUGAGGUGGACAGUGAAUCAACCACAUCUAGAGAGAGCAAGGAGAUGUGUACAAUGUCUGGAAAUGGCUUGGACAAGAACUCAACCAAAGAAACUUCAAGAAUAGGUGCUCUAAAACAAAAGCACAAAUUUACUAUUGAUACACAUACUGCAGUUCACACCAAACGACUCUAUCAUUCAAGUAGCACUUUGGAACUUUCCAGCCAUGGCGAAUAUUUAGUUGAUGAUCACAGAGAGCCUGCUCCAGUGGAACAUUCAUUUCAUCAAAUACGAGCUACAAGGAGGGCAAGAAACCUCUCAGGAGGAAUUAAAUAUGAAAGCCCGAUUAGAAAUUCUGAAGGCUCGCCAGCCAAAAAAUCUUCCCAAAAAUCUUUAAAUGAAUAUCAUUCAACUGCGUUUUUAAGAUCUGAUGAGACUCCACAAUGUGUGCUUGAUUCUUUUUCUCCUCAAUGCCAUCAGACUUGGAGAAACCAAAAGUGCUAUCCAUUUCCAAUGUCUGAAAUGAGCGAUAUGCAAGAUAUUGAUGAUACUGAAACAGGAUCUGAUACUGAAAGUGAAUGUAAUACUGAAAUCCUGCUAAAUGAGAAUGCCUCUUUAGUAAAGACCCACAGAGUUCGAAGUUACAGUCUUCGUGACUUGCCCUUGCACAAUAAAUUUAGCAACUGGUGUGGUGUGAAGGGAGGUCCUCACUCUUCUUUUACUAGCCUGACUCAAAGUGCUAGUGAUAUACACAAUCAGGUGGAAAGGAAGAUGGUUGGCACAAGAACAGCCGAAAUAGAAGAGAGAUCUCUGCUUAGCGAGAGAAGAGCCAGAGAGAUUGAGAGCCUGCAGAAAGAGCGUGCCCAGGUUAUGUCUGGCAUACAUUUAGAUAUGAAUCAGCAUCCUCUUACUAUCGAAAUGACUGAAGCUAAGCUAACUUACGGCAUUGGGGAAACAGAUGCACAGCUGAGAAUUCUUCAGGGUGGAGUAAGUGAGGAUUUGACACUGGUGCCCAUAAAACAGCAUCUUUAUGAAAGGCACAGAAAGUCAAUUGAAAUGCUGAGAAAGCAGAGGGAAGAGAGACUUCAGGGUUUCAGAAGGAGCCGUAGCCUCAGUCCACAGAAACAUCUUAGCCUUUUCCAAACAAUGGAUACAAAUCAGAAAGAUUUGGAUCUCCCCAGCCGACGCCGGGAAUACUUGCAGCAGCUGAGACGAGAUGUGGUGGAAAAUACAAGAGUUCAAGACCCAAAAGUGAGGAUUCAUCCUCCUUCAGAGAUUGAGCUGCUGCUUCGAGAUUAUCACAGGGCACGAGAGGAGACCAAAACUGAAAUUGCACGAGCCAGGGACAAGCUUCGGGAAAGGGCUGAGCAAGAAAAGAGGCGUAUUCGCGAGCAAAUAUUCUCUCAACUACAGAAGGAAGAAACUAAGUUGAAGACUGUUGUAAGCACAAGCUCUUUAUGCACAGAAUCCACCCUCAGUCUCUCUUCAGGACCAACAUCAGGAUAUAACAGCAGUAAUACAGCUACUUAUCCUACUAGUAUACCUGGCAAACAGAAAGGCCAGCAGGCUUCUUCUGAAGACAUAGAACACUCAAGAGAUGAUACCAGAGGCCGCUCAGCUGUCAGGAAUCACCAGCUUUAUAUCCUUGAUCAACUGCAAAAAGGUUCUACUGGUGAGACUUUUUCUAUGACCUGUUCAUCUGUGGGGAGGAGCAGUAUCCGGUCACCACUUUCGUGCAGUCACAGAAACUCUCCUAGCCAAAUUGUUUUACCUAGCACCUUUCUAACUUCUCCUGUGAAGGGAUAUGAGGAUCUCUCCAAACAUGUGUUGGCUAAUGCUACUGCAGAGGUUAUGGCAAUGUCUUCUAAUGACUUGAAGAACCUUUACAAUGGCCAGGCAACAGCUGGUUGGAAGUACCAGUGUAUGGAAAAGGAUAUACGUGUUUACUAUAAAGCCUUUUCAUCUUCUGCAACUAAGCAUGGGUUUUUGGGAGCAGGAGUCAUCAACAGGCCUCUUUCCACUGUAUUGUGCCUGCUGAAGGAUCCUACUAAAAGACAUCUUUAUGACAAAACCAUUACUACAGCUCAAGUACAUAAGAAAAUAAGCAGCGAGAUUGAAUUGGUAUACGUGGUGAGCGAUGUUUCACUGUGUUACCAAAAGCAACCAAGAGACUUCUGCUGCAUCUCUGUAGAAGCCAAAGAGGAGAAUAUCUGCAUUCUAGCUAUUCAAUCUGUCUAUGAAGAAUCAAUGCCUCGUCCUUGUAAAGAAAUGGUACGGGGGGAGAUUUUGCCCAGUGCAUGGGUAUUAGAACCUGAUACCAAGAAUGGAAAAGACAUCACUAAAGUCAUCUACAUGGUACAGGUUGACCUUGGUGCUCCAGCCAUACCUGAAAGGCUCCUGAGUUCUAUUGUCAAGCGACAACCUUUGGUGAUUGCUAGGCUUGCUCAAUUUCUAGCUGCUUAGGUAUGUGGUGAACCCUACCUGGAACCUCAUCUAUUUUAGUAACAACAUGUAAAUACCAGCAAUGGCUGAACUUGCAU